AUGGUUUUCAAAACCACGCGAGCUGCUACUGCAGCAGCAAGAAGGGCGGCUGCACGCAUACAUGCGGCCGCGGAAAGUGCCUCUCACGCCUCAGCAGCAGGCGAUUCGUCGCCUAUUGUCGUGAAUCCUCCACGUGGUGAGUCACCACGUGCGACAGGUACGUCCGUUGCGUCUGCAGCGGGUACCUCGAAUCGCAAUCCAGACGAGUCUGAAAUUGAGCUCAAUUAUUCCGUCGAGUCGGAUGAUUUAUCCGACUCGAAGGCGACUCCUUACGCCUCGGGAUCACCCGGGGCGGGCGCUACAAAAGCCAGGCUGACUGGCUCUGGUCAGCGCGGGAGUAUCAUGACCGAGAUCUUCGGAUUGAGUGAUUAUUCCGAUGAGUCUCCGCCUUACGCAAGUCCAUCCAACGAUAGGACGCGUGGAGAUGGUGGUGAUGCACCUAUGCAUCACCACGAGCGAAGUAACUCGGGGGGUCGGGGUAACACUGGUGCCAGUGCUCAUGCUGGCACCAAUCAAGAGGCCAGGGACCGGAAUGUUCUGCGCCACGCUCCUCAAGUGGAUUCUCCGUGA